UUAACCUUAAUCCUUAAUGUCAACUGUCGCUUAUAUAAGUGAGGAGAAAGGAAUCAAAGCUGGAAGAAGCGAAAAAAUCCACUUCAUAAAUUGGUUAUCAAUUAUGUUCAAACAACCAUCAGUCAUGGGACAGAUUUGUCUCAGAUAAAGAUCGAGCGAGUAAUAUUACUUAACAGUUAUCCAACUUUUACAAAAGUAAAAUUCAAACUUCAUAUCAGUUGACGUGUUAGGAUAACUUCUUCAACUUGAGUGCUAGUAAUAUUCUUUGAGGGAACAAAAAAAAUCAGUCAAAUAAUAAAAUGAAGUUCAGUGCUCUCGAUGUCCCUGGCAUCGGUACCCUGUCAACAUGUUUUUUCGUAUCCCUAACUUAUUUUACACUUGUUUUGGCUGAUUUGGAACCUAAAGAAACUGAUGAUGAAGUAAAACCAACUGUGAUGCUGCCCAAUACCACACCACAGAGUGGAGUUGUUGAAAAUGUGGGAUUUUUACAUGGAUUUCUAGCCAGUUUGAGUGUAAUUCUUGUUUCUGAAAUAGGAGAUAAGACAUUUUUCAUUGCUGCUAUUAUGGCUAUGAGGCAUCCUCGGUUGACUGUUUUUGCUGGAGCAAUCUCAGCGUUGAUACUCAUGACAGUUUUAUCAGCUCUUUUUGGUUGGCUAGUAAAUGUUAUACCGAGGGCCUAUACUUAUUACAUAAGUACCGCACUUCUUGCCAUUUUUGGUUUUAAAAUGUUGUGGGAAGGUUUCCAUAUGGAUAAGAACGAAGGAAGGGAAGAAUUAGAAGAGGUCCAAAUGGAACUAAGGCAAAGGGAUGAAGAGCGUGAACGAGAAGUUGUACCAGACGUGGAGAUAGGUUCUGCAAGAAGAAAGAAAUCAGUAUGGUACGAAGUAUUCAGAAUAAUUUUAGAAGCGUUCACUUUAACGUUUUUAGCGGAAUGGGGUGAUAGGUCGCAGUUGACUACAAUCCUCUUAGGAGCUCGGGAGGUAAAUGUGUAUGGAGUGAUAAUAGGAGGAGUUUUGGGACACUCUGCAUGUACGGGUGUGGCUGUGUUAGGCGGGAGGAUGAUUGCCCAGAAAAUUUCUGUUAGGACAGUGACGAUCAUUGGAGGAGUAGUUUUCCUUAUAUUUGCCGUUUCAUCUCUCUUCUUCGAUCCGAAUGCUACAUGAAGACUUGGAGAAAAUUAUUGAUAGGAGAGAAGUACUGUGAUUGGUGAAAGCAGAAUAUUUUAAUGGGCAUUCUGUCGACUAAAGAAAUAAUGGUAGUGCCCUUAACAUAUUCUUCAUUUAAGAGAUUCUUGUGUAUAUAAUGAAUUGCUGUUUUUAUUUUUGCAUUUAUAUUACCUCAAGUUGUCAAGUCAGUAUUGACAAAUUUAUCGAAAAUAAGAGUACUGAUCCUUGUGUUCCUAACUAUUGUUAUGCCUUUGGAACAAACUCUUUUCGAGCUGGAGUUUCUCAAAAGAUACAAAUGACAUGUCAUAACAUGCAUACAUUCUUUUUCAAUUUAGGAUAAUGGGUAUUGUUAGAAUAUAUCAGGCAUCUGCAGAAGCCAUCCAACAUUAUUUUUUAUUUGAUUAAUAGUUGGUUUCAAACCUGGAGGAAAUUGAUGUACUUAAUCCUUCUAUAAUAUAAUUAUAGGUUAUGUAAAGUAUUGUACAAUAGGUCAAAAGUAAUCACUACUGAACAUUUUUCGUUAGAUAUGAGGUCAUUUAUAAUUAUAACAAGUUUAUUGAAAGGUGAUGUUGACUAUUUUUGACAAAGUGUUAUCUAUUCUUACUUAUAUAGCCCAAUUUUUUUUAUUUCAUUCAUAAUUUUUCUCUGAAAUGCCAAUACUUGUAAUGUGACCGUUGUGACGUCCCAUUUUACCAAUCCCUCUACUGAUAAGGCGAUAUAAAUAUUUUUGCCUAAUCAAGCAGCAAUAGCUAUUGUAUAAUGGAACACGUGUUGCGGUUUUGAAACUGGUCAGUGAAAAUCUCACAAUAAAGCUAUUCUUGAAUAUGUUAUGGAUUUUCAUCAGAUGUUUUCCUAAUCUUUCUAAAAACUAAAUAUUUCGAAAUAAAACAUUGAAAUAUUCAUCUCUCCAAUUAUCUACACCAGGGGUUUGUUUCAAAUCAUCAUAUCCUGAAUUAUAAAACACAAGACCUAAAAAAUUAAUGUGAGAAAUUACAACGACGGUCUUGAGCCAGUUCUUUAUAGUUUGGUUUUUGAGAGGAACAGCAAAUUCGAAGUGUGUCUUCUAGGUUGGCGUCCGUUAAUCUCGAACCAUAUUGGUUUUCAAAAAAUUUAUCUUUGAGAAAGAUGUUUCACACACAUAUGUCAAGCCAAACAUAGUGGCCAAAUUUAUAGCUAGUUUCUUGGAAUUUUUGUGUUUUUCUGGAACAUGUUUGGUCCAAAAUUCUUCAAUGGAUACCGUUUUAUAUAUUGGCUGCCUGGCAGCCACAUCUGUCAAUUCUGCUGCUACAUCAACAUCAGGUGACGAUUUAAGAAACAGAGAUAGCUUGGCCAUCUCUACAAAGUCUUGGAAUCUAGUAGCAAAUUCGUUCCUAAGAUCGGCCAGAAAUUUUACAAACACUGCAAUGUCUUCUUAAGAGUUCUUUUUAUAUUAAAGAAUUGGUAUAUAACACAUCACAAUAUUUGGCGGUCCGAUGUUCUAAAUUUCGCGGUCUGCCUACUGCGACCGUUGGUCUAGGAGAAAGAUUGGUAACUAGUAACAGCUCUAUUUCGUGAACAAAGCCCCAAGCAGGGAAUUAGCAGGGAAAGUAGUUGUUUUCCGGCAGGUAUUUAUUUAUUUUGAAAUAUUCAUUUUCUAGUACAUAUGUUUCUCUCCUCGAUACAGUCUUCAGACAGGGUUUAAUCUUUCUGAUGAAAGAUGAGUUCUAAGUUUUUUCAGAUGCGCAGUGCCUCGUUGUGAACAUGAUCAUGUGAUCAUGAAACAAUCUUGUGUCAUGGUGUUUGUGGUCGCACCAAUCCGAAAUGGCUCGACCAAUUUGUAUGAAAUUUUUUGUGUAUAUUUGGUAAGUGUGAGAAUAGGUCAUAUUUCAUACUGCUGGGUGAUCAGGGUUUCUCUAUACAGAAAUUUUUUUUUGUGAUUUUUUUAAUUCGGCAUCAAAUUAAGACCGUAUAGAAAUAAUUUAUAUGGCAGAACAAUGUGUACUGGGUUACUUAGUUUUGCUAUAAGUUUUCAUAAUAUUUGUUUAUUUUUAUACCAGAAGUUUUUGUUUUUAAUUUUUCAAUAAUGAGAAUUGGGAAAGUAAAUAAAAUUGAGUAACAACUCAACACGUUGCCUGCCUUAGCUUUGAAACCGUUAACAUAUUGACCAAAAAGUGGGUUCUGUAACAUGGGUUUGAAGUGCCAUGAAUACUUUUUCAAAAUUCCUUACUUCCACUAUGAACUAUGAUACAUGCAAAAAUGUCUGGAUCAUUUCAAUAAUCGACAUAAUACUGUUAAUAAAUAACAUUUGAGUAAAAUUUACGUAUUUUCUCUGACUUUACUCCAGUGUAAGAGUGAAAAUGUGUUGUAUCUGGACUGGCAACAAACUUUUUCAAUAAUUAUUAUCAAUUUUUCUUCUGUACAUGUUCCACUUAUUAAAAUUUAUAGGCAACUGCUCUGGAACUAAGUUUUACUAUUUAUUUUCCAGUGAUAUUGACAUGUCAUUUUUGGCUAUUCUUAAGUUUUAAAGUGACUAUAUUCAACGUGUGCAAAUUUUGAUGAGAUUCAUGAGCUUUGUCUCAUUUUGAUUUGCACUUCAAUGAAAUGAGUGUUUUGCUCUUUUAUAUAAUCUAGAUAAUUUUGAAAAAAUUAUAUAUUUUUGUAGUUGAAAUGUCUAUAAUAACUGAUCAGUGUGAAAAUUUAGAGAAAUGUUUUUGUCAUUGAGGUUUUUUAGAAUAUGUUAACCCAAUACUAUAAAGUCAUAUCAUACGAGUACAUACGUUUUUAUAGAAAUAAUAAAAUGAUAAUUGUGAUAAACUACCAUAGAUUUUCAGUAUUCCUUUGAAAAAAACAACCAGCUAAAAUAUAUUCCAUGUGAUUUUUAAAUAUAUAGUUUUGAUUUUUCAUGUAUCUGUAUUGAUUCCAUAAUUUGUAAAAAUAAAUUAUUUUUCAUCUUGAGGAAAAGCUAAUACUCUAGUGUUUUGCGAUAUAUUCAUUUAGCUUCAUGUUUUGAUGUAUUUCUGGCAAUGUGUGUCGAAACCUGACUUUGUAAUAAAACAAUUCAAAAUGUUGA